AUGGGGAACAGAAGAUAUUUAGGGAAGGUUACCGCUGCAAUCGCAGUAUUUUUUAAUCCACACAAUUUAUUCGGUUCAAAAGGAACCGGGCUCCUUCUUCUCGACGCUCUUGAUGACACCGACAGCAACGGUCUGCUUCAUGUCACGCACGGCGAAACGACCAAGGGGAGCGUACUCCGUGAAUGCCUCAACGACCAUGGGCUUGCACGGCUUCAGGACGACCAUAGCGGCGUCACCGUUCUUGAUGGUCUUGGGGUUCUCCUCAAGGGCCUUACCGGUACGCUUGUCCAUACGGCUCGUGAUCUCGUCGAAUUUGCACGAGAUGUGAGCAGUGUGGCAGUCAACGACAGGGGAGUAACCGGCCUUGAUGGUACCAGGGUGGUUCAAGAUGAUGACCUGGGCGGUGAAGGACACGGCGGCCUUGGCGGGGUCGUUCUUGGAGUCAGAAGCGACGUGACCAGUGCGGAUGUCAGAGGUGGAGACGUUCUUCACGUUGAAACCAACGUUGUCACCAGGGCUGGCAACAUCGAUAACUUCGUGGUGCAUUUCGACGGAUUUGCACUCAGUAGUGAUCGGGUUGGGGGCGAAGGUGAGGACCAUACCGGCCUUGAGCUGACCAGUCUCCACACGACCAACGGGGACGGGGAAGACGCAGGGGCUUGUCAACGGGCCUCUUCGGGGCUCCAUCAUGUCGAGGGCCUCGACCAAGGUCUUGCCCUUGUACCACGGCAUGUUGGUGGAGCGCUCAACCAUGUUGUCACCCAUGAAACCGGAGAUGGCCACGAAAGGCACCUUCUCGAUGUUGUAACCGACCUUCUUCAGGUAACCCUGAACUUCCUUCUGGAUUUCGCUGUAACGGUCCUCCUUGUAGUCGCACUUGUCCAUCUUGUUGAUGGCGCAAAUGAUCUGCUUGACACCAAGGGUGAAGGCCAAAAGAGCGUGCUCACGGGUCUGACCUUCCUUCGAGAAGGCAGCCUCGAAACCACCAGCCUCAGCGGGCACGACAAGCAUAGCGACAUCGGCCUGGGAGGUACCCGUAAUCAUGUUCUUGAUGAAGUCACGAUGUCCGGGGGCGUCAAUGACGGUGUAGUAGUACUUGCCAGUUUCGAACUUCCACAGGGUGAUAUCGAUGGUGAUACCACGCUCACGCUCGCUCUUCAGCUUGUCCAAGACCCAGGCGUACUUGAAGGAACCCUUACCCAUGUCGGUAGAUUCCUUCUCGAACUUCUCGAUGGUACGCUUGUCAAUACCACCGAGCUUGUAGAUCAGGUGACCAGUGGUGGUGGAUUUACCACUGUCGACGUGGCCGAUAACGACCAAGUUAAUGUGGGUCUUCUCCUUCGGCAUCUUGUUUAA